AUGUCUCCAAAAUCUGCCGUUAACCAUGGGUUGCGACGACUGAAUCUCGGUAUCUUUUUGAUGCUAUCUGCGUCUGCUACAUCAGGAUACAAUGCCAGUCAGAUCAAUAGUCUGCUCGUACUUCCGGAGUUCAACGAGUUCUUGAGCGGCCUCGAUUCCAACUCAACCGGCCUAAUUAUCGCUUCCGUCUCUCUUGGGUCCUUCCUAUCCUUUAUCCCAGCUUCUUAUGUCGCCGAUAGCUUGGGCCGCCGGAGAUGCGUUAGUAUCGGAGCCACACUUUGUAUACUCGCAUCUAUACUGCAAGUUGCAGUAAAGCAUCCCUGGGUUUUCUUCGGUGCUCGCAUCGUUACCGGGGCAGGCGUUGGAUUCUCACAAACUGCAGCACCGCUGUUGAUUGCGGAAACCGCAUACCCGAGUCAGAGGCCAACCCUCACUGGCUUGUAUAAUGCGGUCUGGUUCUGUGGAUCUAUUACUGCAGCUGCCAUCGCUUUUGCUACUUUGUCUAUAGACAACAGCUGGUCCUGGAGAAUACCAUGCCUGCUUCAAGUCCUCUAUCCGACCAUGCAACUCGUGGCACUAUUUGUUAUUCCCGAGAGCCCGAGAUGGCUUGUUUCGAAAAAUAGACAAGGAGAAGCUCUUGCUAUGCUUACAAGGUACCAUGCAAAUGGUGAUAUGCACGACAAGUUGGUUCAAGAUGAAUACGAUCAGAUUUGUGCCAGUAUUCAUGCCGAGGCCGAUCAAAAGUCUGCCUCACGAUGGACCGCUUUCUUCAGAUCAAAAGGGGACAUGCACCGUCUUACCAUUUGUAUUCUUUUGGGAUUCAUGCAGGAGUGGACUGGCAAUGGCGUCACUUCCUACUAUCUACCGCCCAUCCUGGGUUCCGUCGGUAUAACUAAUGCAGUACACCAAGCUGCCGUCAAUAUUAGUCUUCAGUUCUGGAACUUGAUGUUUGCCGUAGCGGGAGCAAGCACCUCGGACAAAUACGGACGACGAGUUCUCUGGCUAUGCGCAACAACCCUGAUGUUCAUCUUCUUAUCAACGUCAACUGUCAUGGCCGGCCUGUUCGCUGAAAUGAACAUCUUGCAAGCAGGCAUUGCAGUAGUCCCCAUGCUAUUCCUUUUCUGCGCAGCAUAUGACUUCGCAUACAUGCCCCUCUUCAUCGCCUAUCCGGCAGAAAUCCUACCUUUCCAGCUUCGCGCCAAAGGUCUCGCCGUCACACUUACAACAGACUCAUUGGCCUGCUUCUUCAACCAGUACGUGAAUCCGGUGGCAUUCUCAGCACUUCAAUGGAGAUACUUCAGUAUCUAUGUGGGGUGUCUGGUCGUUGUGUUUGCCCUGGUAUACUUCUUCUUCCCAGAGACACAGGGAAGAUCUUUGGAAGAAGUUGCGCAAAUCUUUGAAAGCACCAAGGUCAAGGAUCACGAAGCAAUCAUGAGCGACUCUGAUGGAUCCAAGCAGUCGUCAUUCGUGAUUAAGUACGAAGAAUAG